CUUCUCUAAUUCUUCUUAGGGUCUUCCCAAGACUUUCUACUUUGGUAUUGGUAGAUCUUUGUCAUGCUAGGAUGAGCGUUUGACCGCAGAUUCUCUUUUUCCAAGCCCCGACUUCCUGGGAUCCUGUCUCUUCCUCGCCCUGGGUCAUGAAAACAUGUCAAGAGCUUCGACGCCUGCCUUGCCAUUAUACCAUGCCCCUCCAAGCUCCAGUAAACUACAACCGCCUACAGUUUUGUCGCGGCCAGGCUCGCCGACCAGCUCACGAUCGUCGAGCAGAGCGCGCGUCAAAACUUCAUCUUCGAUAACAGCAUCAUUUUCGAUCCUCUCCUCCGAAGCCACCGUAUCACGGUUCUCCUCCUCAUUGACACAUGGCCUUGCGCCCUCCGAGGCGACACGUCGGCUUCACGACUAUGGUCUCAAUGAGUUGCCUCAUGAUGAACCCGAGCCAUUGUGGCUACGAUUUUUGAAACAGUUCAAAGAAACCCUGAUACUUCUCCUUCUUGGCUCCGCUGCUGUGUCUUUACUGAUGGGAAAUUUGGAAGAUGCUAUUAGUAUAGGAGCCGCUGUUACCAUAGUAGUGACUGUGGGAUUCAUUCAAGAGUAUAGAUCGGAGAAGUCGCUGGAAGCUUUAAGUCAAUUGGUACCCCAUGCUGCACAUGUUAUACGAGGAAAUUCGAAUCCUGCAGAGGAGGGAACAUCAGCACCUCGAUCUGCCGGUGCACCAAGCUCGGCAGCCAACGGAACUCCAGAGGCACAAUUGCCCCUAUUGCAAGAAUUGGAACAGGCAGAGGCCUCUGCAUCCACAAUCCCGGCUUCACAUCUGGUUCCUGGUGAUCUCGUCCUUUUCUCUACUGGAGACCGCAUACCGGCCGAUAUUCGCAUUACCCGAGCUGCCGGGCUGUCUCUGGACGAAUCGAAUCUGACUGGAGAGAAUGAACCAGUAACUAAGACUCCAGACAAUGUCACACUUUCGCAGCUCGCAGCUCAUCAUACAAACUUGGGGAAUUCGUCACCCCUUUACGACUCCCCUGCCGCUGGCACUGUUGGUGCCGAUAUACGACUAAAUGACCAAACUAACAUCGCAUUCAUGGGUACCCUUGUACGGUCUGGACAUGGGCAAGGGAUUGUAAUCGGUACAGGUGGGAAUACCGAGUUUGGUGCAAUCUCAGCGUCUCUCCAGGAAAUAGAAAGCCCUCGAACACCCCUACAGCUAUCCAUGGACCGGCUCGGAAAAGAGCUCAGCUACAUGUCUUUUGGCAUCAUCGCGUUCAUUAUGCUUUUGGGGCUUUGGCGAGGAUGGCCGUUCCUCGAGAUGUUUCAAAUAGGUGUUUCUUUGGCUGUGGCAGCGAUACCUGAAGGACUACCUAUCAUCGUGACGGUGACGCUGGCGCUUGGAGUUCUCCGCAUGUCCAAGAGAGAUGCUAUUGUUCGCAGAUUGCCAAGUGUUGAGACACUAGGGUCAGUCAACGUAGUUUGUAGCGAUAAAACUGGCACACUGACCACAAACCACAUGACAGUGACGAAGUUGUGGCACUUCGACGAGCGAACUCCCGCAGAUGUGUGUCAAAAACAAGGCUCGACAGAUCUUGACCUUGCUACCAAAACGAUCCUUAGGAUUGGUAACAUUGUUAACAACGCGCGUAUCUUCAGCUCUCGCGCAGACAGCGUUGCUACAGCAUCUAGUGCCUCGGUGUUGUCCUCGACAAUGGGUGACGAUGUCUCGAACGCCAAGAGUCGAUGGGCCGGGCAGCCGACUGAUGUAGCAUUGCUGGAUCUUCUCGAUACCUUUGGAGAGGAGGAUGUUAGAGAACGCCUCGGUGUGAGGCGAAAUGAGACCCCUUUUAGCUCUGAACGGAAAUGGAUGGGCGUAGUCAUCAACAGCAGCUCUGUGCCAGAUGCGCCCAAUAAAGACGUCGCCUACAUCAAGGGCGCCAUCGAGAGAGUACUGGAUCGAUGCGACACGUAUAUUACGGCAGCUGGUCGCGAAGUUGUCCUGGAUGAGCCGCGGCGGAAGGAGGCUCUACAGGCUGCUGAGGCCAUGGCACAAGACGGACUGAGAGUGCUCGGAUUUGCCAGUGGUCCACUUCGAAGCUAUGCCAGAAGUAACGCAUCGACUCUCUCUGUAAGAAGUGGUAGCGGAACUCCCCAUCAUAAUCGUGGAGAUCGUAGCCCGCAUAGUCUUGGGGAGUUGCCUAACGACGAAGAUCUCUAUCGUGGACUUGCCUUUGCGGGCUUAGUCGGCAUGAGUGAUCCGCCUCGGAAAGGCGUCGAUAAAUCAAUUCGCCGGCUGGUAGCUGGGGGAGUCAAGGUCAUCAUGAUUACAGGCGACGCAGAGACGACUGCCGUCGCGAUUGCGAAGAAACUCGGCAUGCAUCUCAACAUGAACUCCACACUUGGUAGUCCUGUUCUUCGAGGAGACCAGCUAGACAAGAUGAACGACGAGGAGCUCGCUCAAGCUAUAUCUUGUACCUCAAUAUUUGCAAGGACUAGCCCUGAGCACAAAUUGAAGAUCGUACGCGCUCUUCAAAGGCGUGGAGACGUGGUGGCUAUGACUGGUGACGGCGUCAACGACGCUCCGGCACUUAAAAAAGCUGACAUUGGUAUCUCUAUGGGAAAACUGGGUACAGACGUAGCCAAGGAGGCGGCGGACAUGAUCCUUACAGACGAUGACUUCUCAACGAUACUCAACGCCAUAGAAGAGGGUAAAGGUAUCUUCUAUAACAUUCAGAAUUUUCUCACGUUCCAGCUGAGUACCAGUGCUGCUGCCCUCAGUCUCGUACUCAUCAGCACCGUUCUCGGGCUCCCGAACCCACUCAAUGCUAUGCAAAUCCUAUGGAUAAAUAUCUUAAUGGAUGGACCUCCCGCACAAUCUCUUGGUGUCGAGCCUGUCGAUCCAGCUGUAAUGUCUCGUCCUCCGCGCUCAAAGACUGCUCGCGUUCUCACGCCACCUCUUAUUCGCCGUGUGCUCCAGUCUGCAUCGAUCAUCAUGCUUGGUACUCUUUUCACCUAUAUCCGCGCAAUGGCCGCCGAGCAUGAGAUCACUGCACGCGAUACUACCAUGACCUUCACGUGCUUCGUACUCUUCGACAUGUUCAAUGCUUUGACUUGCCGAUCGGAGUCCAAGUCUGUUCUACGUGGCGAAAUCGACAUAUUUGGAAACAAAAUGUUCAAUAUUGCAGUCGCUGGAAGCUUAUUAGGGCAAGGUCUGGUCGUGUAUUUCCCACCGCUACAGAGGGUUUUCCAGACGGAAGCAUUGGGCCUGUUUGAUAUCAUCGGCUUGUUGUUGACCGCGAGUUGUGUAUUUUGGGCGGACGAAGGAAGGAAGUGGUAUGUACGAUGGAAAAUGGGGAGAGGGUUGCCAGGAGGAUAUAGUACGAGUGUAUAAAGAUGGGAAGGAGGUUGUACUCUUAGCGUGGCAAUAAAUGUGUAGAUAUGAUCAGAGCCAUUUUUAUCAACUUCAUGAGGCGCAGUAUGAGACUACUACGCCCAAGCAUUGGACACACUUUUCCUACAUUCCUUACGGAAAUCAUCAUGGU